UUUGGCGUUCGCGGUGUUUGGUGUACUUGUGUUUUGUGUCCUAUUCGCUUCUCUUGUGUGGUGCAUCUUAUUGUUUUUCUUCAUAAUAUAAUUACAUAUAAUUGUGCGCUAUUUGACCUAGUAAACUUAUUCGGAUUUUCGUUUUCAGUAGAAGUUGCCGGCUCGACUCGAGUGGCGUGCAAAGACCUCAAGAUGGGGUCUUGCGGAAAGCUUCUGCUGGCCCUUAUCUUUACGUUUGCCACAAAGGUUUUUUGUGAAGAUGAUACUACCAUGGGACCCAUGUUUAUCAAAGAACCAGAAAACCGAGUGGAUUUUUCAAAUACUACUGGAGCUAUAGUCGAAUGUACUGCUAGAGGUAGUCCUAGGCCAGAAAUUAUUUGGAUACGUGCUGAUGGCACUGCUGUUGGAGAUGUACCUGGUUUACGACAAGUCAAAGGAGAUGGAAAUUUGGUAUUUCCGCCUUUUCGAGCAGAAGAUUAUAAACAAGAAGUACAUGCCCAAGUUUAUAUUUGUAUGGCUAAAAAUCGUGUCGGUGUAAUACAUUCUAGGGAUGUUAAUGUUCGAGCUGUUGUUAACCAGAUGUAUGCUUCAGAGGUGAUAACGGAGUAUGUGAUACGUGGUAAUACAGCUAUAUUAAAAUGCACUAUUCCUUCAUUUGUGGCAGACUUUAUUGUCGUAAAUUCUUGGAUAUCCUCUGAUGGUCAAGAAUAUCAUAAUUUAAAUGACAAUAAUUAUGUUGUAUUACAAAAUUAUAUUACUGGAGCCGAAGAUGAAUAUGUAAUACUUGGUAACACUGCAGUGAUUAAAUGCAAAGUGCCAAGUUUUGUAACAGAUUUUGUUUCAAUUGAAUCUUGGAUAUCUUCUGAUGGUCAAGAAUACCAUUAUUUAAGUGAUAGAUAUGAUGGUAAAUAUUUGGUUUUACCUUCUGGAGAAUUGCAUAUUCGUGACGUAACACCAGAAGAUGGAACUAAGUCUUAUCAAUGUCGAACUAAACAUAGAUUAACUGGAGAAACAAGACUUAGUGCUACUAAAGGAAGAUUAGUUAUUACAGAUCCCCAAACAAGUAUUUCACCAAAAAUUAAAAAGGAAGAACUUGCCAUUUUAAUUGGAAAACCAUUUAUGAUCGAAUCUCAUUUAUCAAUGGUUUGUUCAGCUCAGGGAUUCCCUGUCCCUUAUUUUCGGUGGUACAAAUUUAUUGAAGGUUCGAACAAAAAACAAGCAGUAAUAUUAGAUGAUAGAAUUAAACAAGUUUCUGGAACAUUGAUAAUUCGUGAAGCUAAAGUAGAUGAUUCUGGCAAAUAUUUGUGUGUUGUCAAUAACUCUGUUGGUGGUGAAAGUGUAGAAACUGUAUUGACAGUUACAGCUCCAUUAAAUGCAAUUGUUGAACCUACCAUUCAAACUGUAGAUUUUGGAAGACCUGCUACUCUGACUUGUAAUUAUGAAGGAAAUCCAGUAAAAACUAUUUCUUGGUUGAAAGAUGGUAAACGAUUGAGUUCUCACGAUGGAAGGGUAUUGAGAAUUGAUUCCGUACGCAAGGAAGAUAAAGGAAUGUACCAAUGUUUUGUGAGGAAUGAACAGGAGAGUGCUCAAGGAAGUGCUGAACUUAAAUUAGGAGGAAGAUUUGAGCCACCUCAUAUUAAAGAAUAUUUCAAUGAUAACACUAUGCAACCAGGAGUCUCUUUACACUUGAAAUGUAUUGCAUCAGGAAAUCCUACUCCUGAAAUCAACUGGGAAUUAGAUUCCAAACGCCUCAGCAGCACAGAAAGACUUCGUAUUGGGCAACAUAUUACAAUGGCAGGAGAAGUAGUUUCGUAUCUUAAUAUCUCUUCAGUCCACACUAAUGAUGGUGGUCACUAUAGAUGUGUAGCUGUAUCUAAAGUUGGUACUGCUGAACAUACUGCACAUCUCAAUGUUUACGGUCUUCCUUUUAUUAGACCCAUGGAUAAAAAAAAUAUAGUGUCAGGAGAAAAUCUCUUCGUUACUUGCCCAGUAGCCGGAUACCCAUUGGAAUCAAUCACAUGGGAAAGAGACAAUCGACAACUUCCUAUCAACCGCAAACAAAAAGUAUUUCCUAAUGGCACUUUGAUUAUUGAAAAUGUUGAAAGAUCUUCAGAUCAAGCUACUUAUACAUGUGUUGCUCGAAACGCUCAAGGACAUACUGCUAAAGGAAAUUUAGAAGUACAAGUGAUGGUACGUCCUAAAAUAUUACCAUUCUCUUUUGGUGAUUCACCUAGCAACGCUGGAAAUCCUGUGCAAGUCGGAUGUACUGUUAUGGAGGGUGAUAAACCUUUACGUAUUACUUGGAAUUUUUAUGGUGAAGAGUUAUCAUCAAACAUGGGUGUUAGUACUAUGCCUGUCGGAGAUUCGAUGAAUGUUUUGAUUAUACCAUCAGUGGUCCCUUCUAACCGCGGAAAUUACACUUGUUUAGCAAAAAAUUCAGCUGGAAAUGAUUCUUUUACUUCUCAGCUAUUAGUAAAUGUAUUACCAAAGAUCAUUCCGUUUUCAUUUGGGGACGGUCCGGUAAAUUCUGGUGAAUCAAUUCAAGUUGUGUGUUCGGUAUCAAAGGGUGAUCGUCCAAUGUCAAUAACUUGGAGUUUUUAUGGUGAAGCGUUAUCGUCCGAUAUGGGUGUGACCACACAAAUGUUGGGAGAUGCAACUAAUUUUUUGUCUAUUCCUUCGGCUGGUCCUUCAAAUCAAGGAAACUAUACUUGCAUCGCUAAGAACAAUGCCGGAUUUGACACAUAUACUUCACAGCUCGUGGUCUAUGUUCCUCCUAGAUGGAUACUUGAACCUACCGACAAAGCUUUUGCGCAAGGAGGUGACGCAAAAAUUGAAUGUAAAGCAGAUGGAUUCCCUAAGCCCCAAGUGACAUGGAAAAAAGCUAUUGGUAAUUCUCCUGGAGAUUAUAAGGAUAUUAAAGAUUUGAAACCAGGCAGUGAUGACAUUAAAGUUGACGAAGGAACAUUAUCUAUCCAUAACAUUCAAAAGAAUCACGAAGGUCACUAUUUGUGUGAAGCUGUUAACGGAAUUGGUUCUGGACUGUCUGCAGUAAUCACUAUCAGUGUACAAGCUCCUCCACAUUUCGAGAUAAAAUCAAGAAAUCAAACUUCUGAAAAGGGUCAACCUGCUGUUUUGGAAUGUAUGGCAAAAGGAGAAAAACCUAUUGGCAUUGUCUGGAAUAUGAAUAAUAAACGACUAGAUGCUAAGGAAGAAGAAAGAUAUACAAUACGUGAAGAAAUAUUAACAGAUGGAGUGAAAUCAGAUUUGAGCAUUAAGAGAUCUGAACGAAUUGAUACUGCUGUUUUUACGUGUGUUGCUACUAAUUCAUUUGGAAGUGAUGAUUCAAGUGUUCAACUUAUUGUUCAAGAGGUUCCCGAGAUUCCUUUUGGAUUAAAAGUAUUGGAUAAAUCUGGCCGAACUGUUCAAUUGUCUUGGUUAGCUCCGUAUGAUGGAAAUUCACCGAUCACUCGUUAUAUUGUUGAAUAUAAAUUAUUGAAAAACACUUGGGAAACAGACGUCGAAAAAGUUGAAGCCACAGGAGAUAAAACUGAAAUGAGUGUAGUAAGUCUUCAUCCAGCUACCACAUAUCAUUUUAGAAUAGUUGCAGAAAAUGGAGUAGGUGUUUCUAAACCUUCUGAUCCAGUUACUAUAAUUACGUCUGAAGAAGCACCUAGUGGAAAGCCAACUAACAUUCAUGUUGAUCCCAUUGAUGAAAAUACUCUAAAAGUAAUGUGGAAAGCGCCAGAACGUAGUGAUUGGAAUGGUGAAAUUCAAGGAUAUUAUGUUGGAUAUAAACAAUCAUCAUUAGUUGAAAACAAAUUUGUGUUUGAAACUGUUGAAUUUAGUAAAGAAGAAGGAAAAGAACAUUAUUUAGAAAUAUUCAAUCUCAAAACAUAUACUCAAUAUACAAUAGUAGUGCAAGCUUUUAACAAAUUAGGUGCUGGGCCAAUGUCAGAUGAAAUUAAACAAUACACUUCUGAAGGUGUACCAGAACAACCACCACAUGAUACAACUUGUACAACUUUGACUUCUCAAACUAUAAGAAUUUCUUGGGUAUCGCCACCACUAAGUACAGCUAAUGGAGUUAUUAAAGGUUACAAAGUAAUUUAUGGACCUAGCGAUUCUUGGUUUAAUGAAAGUACAAAAGACACAAAAAUUACAGUAUCAAGUGAAACUAUUUUACAUGGUCUUAAGAAGUUUACAAAUUACAGUAUGGAAGUAUUAGCGUUUACUGCAGGUGGAGAUGGUGUUCGUGCUCCUAGAAUAUAUUGUCAAACUGAGCAAGAUGUCCCAGAAGCCCCGGCUGCUCUCAAAGCUUUGGUUAUGUCUACAGAAUCAGUUUUAGUUAGUUGGAAACCUCCUGCUGAGCCUAAUGGAGAUAUCAAUCAGUACACUGUUUACAUUAAACCUAGUGGUGAUAAUAAAGAUAAAGAACCAUUAGCUCAUAAAGUUGCUCCAAAUCAAAUGAGUUUUGAAGCAUCUGGCCUUAUUAAGCAAGAUCCUUAUGAAUUUUGGGUCACAGCAUCGACUAAUAUUGGUGAAGGACAACCUACCAAAUCAAUUGUUAUUGCUCCUAGUACUCGAGUUCCUGCUAUGAUCGCGUCUUUUGAUGAUUCAUUUGUUGCAACAUACCGUGAGGAUGUAAAACUUCCAUGUUUAACUGUUGGUGUACCUGCCCCAGAAAUUUCAUGGAAAGUUAAAGGUGCACCCCUUGAAAGCAAUGAUCGUAUUCGUCAGUUACCUGAAGGCUCUCUAUUAAUUAGAUCUGUCACUAGAACUGAUGCUGGAGAAUACUCCUGCUUUGUGGAAAAUUCAUUCGGAAAAGAUAAAAUCACACAUCGCAUUGUUGUCUUAGCACCACCUCAUAAACCAGAAGUUUCUGUUGGAGCAACAACAUCCAACACAAUAACAUUAAAUUUAAAACCUCAUGCUGCUGAUAAAGAACCUAUUCACGGAUAUACAAUAAAAUAUAAACCUGAAUUUGGUGAUUGGCAAACAGCUCAAGUAGCCGCAAAGGCUGAUAAAUUUACAUUAGAAAAUUUAUGGUGUGGUUCACGGUAUCAAAUAGCUGUUACUGCAUACAACUUGAUUGGCACAGGUGAUGAAUCAGAUUUAUUGAAUACAAAAACCACUGGCUCAAAACCUAAAAUUCCAGAAGCAAGUAAAUUUAUUGAAGUAUCGGCUACAAGUGUAACAUUACAUUUAAAUGCUUGGUUGGAUGGUGGUUGUCCUAUGCUAUACUUUGUAGUGGAACAUAAAAAAAAAUUGCAAUCUGAAUGGACUCAAGUUUCAAAUAAUGUAAGACCAGGAGGAAACUUUGUUGUGCUUGAUUUAGAUCCAGCCUCAUGGUAUCAUUUAAGAGUAACUGCUCAUAAUAAUGCUGGAUUUUCUGUUGCUGAAUAUGAAUUUGCAUCACUAACUUUAAGUGGAGGUACUAUUGCUCCCCCUGCACAAGACGUCACAUCCAUUUAUACAUAUUUACCAUGGAUACCAAAAUGGAUUGACUUAAAUGUAGUGGUGCCGACUGCUGCAACAAUUAUAGUCAUUAUUGUUGGUAUAAUUGUGGUUUGUUUUGCUUGGUCUCGUAGAGUUCAUGAAAAUGGACAAACUAGAUUGAGAGAUGAUAUGACUGUUUAUAAUCAAUCAAUGAUUAUGGGAGGCAAUACACUUGACAAGAGACAUGCAGAUUUCAAUGAUGAGCUUGGUUACAUAGCACCUCCCAAUCGUAAACUUCCACCUGUUCCUGGUUCCAAUUACAACACAUGUGACAGGAUUAAAAGAGGUUUUCCCGGCCCUUACCACGGUCACGGUACAUGGAACCCUAGAGCACGCCAUAUGUAUGAAGAACUAAAUGGUAGUAACCCUAGGUGUAGGGGGCAUUUGCCCCCAUGUCCAGGGUCCGACGAGACAAUGUACACAAGGUGUAGAGGAAUAGAUGGUGAAGAUAUCUGUCCGUAUGCUACAUUCCACUUACUUGGUUUUCGUGAAGAAAUGGAUCCUUCAAAAAUGCCAUUCCAAACAUUCCCACAUCCUAAUGGACAUUGUGGUACAAUUGGACCUGGUGGAACUAUAGCUAGUAAUGGUCUCAUGCAUCAAUGCCCAGGAACCCAGACUAUGCCUCGAAAUGGACGUUAUUCUCGUGUAGGUGGAGCUAAUUCCAUGUUUUCACCUGAGUACGAUGAUCCUGCCAAUAUGGGAGAUGAAUAUGGCAGUCAGUAUGGACAAUAUGGUGCUCCUUAUGAACAAUAUGAAAGUCGUGCUUCAAUGGCUGGACGCAGUAUUGGAAGCCCAGAACCACCUCCACCUCCGCCUCGUAAUCAUGAUCCAAAUGUAAGCAAUACAAGUAAUGAAGCUAAUGAUUCCAAAGACAGCAAUCAAAUUUCUGAAGCAGAAUGUGAUCAACAUCAACAACCAUCUACUCAGAGUUAUGGUGCGCAUUUGAAGGGCAAUACCAAGGAUGGUAUGACCACAGAAGAACUCCGAAAACUCAUAGAAAGGAAACCAAACGAAGCCCCAGCAGGACAACAACGCCUCCAAAAUGGAGGGCUCACAACCUACGAUACUGUGGCAGUGUAACCUCUAGUCAGUCUACAACCAAAAUAUUAAUAUUUAAAAUUAUCUCCAAAAAUAAAAAUCCUUUUCCAAAAAUAUUUGUACUGCACUUUUAACUU